ACACAGGUGGGGUAUAUCAGUGGUGGGUAGGUGGGUUGAGUAUAUCAGUGGUGGGCGUGUGGUCUUCCUGGUCAGAGUGUGUCCUGCCGCAGCCAUGACCGGAGUCCUCACCAAGACCUUCCUACUGGGGGUGGCAACCUUCGCCCUCCUCCACACAGGUGCGGAGGGGAGUGAGAUGUGUUCCUGCUUCUACAUCAGGAGUGAGUGGGAAGGCAACUACGACGCUGACUUCUCCGUGCAAUCUACCAUCAGGUUCAAAGGAAUUACAUGCGAGCUGACCUUCGACAGCCCUGUCGACUCUCUAAACUACUGGCAGGGGUCCGUGGAGAUGGUUGACAGCACCCACUUCAUCCUCACCAACGAGAUCUACUCAGCUGAACCAGGAGACGAUAUCGAGUUUGGUAUCGAGGUUCACUACAGCGGCGCCACCCAACCUGUCAUCACUGGCGUCAUCUUGAACGGCGAUGAUGUUUGUGACGGUGUGGGUGACUGGUCGACCCCACAGCCCAUGGAGAACCCAUGUGCUGAGACAGGCAUGACACCUUACGAUUACAGUCAGGUGCUGUGUAUGUCUUACGUCUUCUACGAGGCUCAACGCUCAGGUAAACUGCCCGCUGAUCAGCGUGUUACCUGGAGGGGAGACUCUGCUCUUGAUGACGGCUCUGAUGUGGGACACGACCUCACUGGUGGAUACUAUGACGCUGGAGAUCACGUCAAGUUUGGUUUCCCCAUGGCCUACACCGCAACUGUGCUCGCCUGGGGACUCAUCGACUUCGCAAAGGGUCAUCAGACUGCAAGUAAGACCCUUAUUAAACACUAA